CACAAACCCGCCCAUAUACGGAUGUUGUUUUUGUCACUUGCGUGACAGUCCAGUAAGGUCCUGCUGAAUUUAUAUUUAUUUUUAGUUGUGACUGUGCGUAAAAUGUUACCGGACAUAAAAGGCACGUGUUCAUUUGUGGAAGACAGUUUUAGUCGUUUUCCUUCGCAGAGUAACAUAUACGGACUGUGCCAGGCUGGCGAGCAGGAGUUACUGGCAGCGACUCUGAAGGGGAAAGUGGUGUGCUUCAGAUAUCAGGACCUGCAGAGGAAGAUCAGACCUGUGGCCAGAGAGAUUCAGUUCACAUAUAUACCAGUUGAUGCAGAAAUCGUCUCCAUUGACGCCUUCAACAAAUCAGCUCCUAAAAGAGGACUGGUCGUAGGAAUAACCUUCAUUAAGGACUCAGGAGAUAAAGCAACUCCUUUCCUUAACAUUUACUGUGAUUAUGAACCAGGGUCAGAAUUUAACCUAGAGUCUAUUGCACAAAGCUGUCUGAACCUGGAGCUCCAGUUCACACCGUUCCAGCUUUAUCACACUGAGGUGCAUUGUGGAGAUGGAUCCAGUGAGACUGUGUUUCUCCUCAGUGGGCACGAUCAGCGCAUACAUCUUUACAAAGAGAAUGCGUCUCUGCACCAGUUUGAGGAACAGCCAGUAGAAAGACUCUUUCCUGAACUGCAGGAGCUGCCAAGCAAUGUGUUAUGGUUAAACGUCUUGAGCAUUGAACAAAAUCGGCGCCUCACUGCGUUUGGAUGUCAGAACGGUUCGGUGGGACUUUCUCUUGUCAACCAAAAGGGACCUGAGAUUCUCCAAAACUGGCGUGUGAAGCAUGACAGUCCCAUCUCCACUGUGUUGCUGUUCCCUUUGAAACAGCAACACGAGGGCACUGACACAAACACUGAGGGAUCCGGCUCAAAUGAUCACAGCAGUCAAAGGCAAACAUUUAAUCUGUUGGUAACCAGUGCAAUAGAAAUGGCUGUUGUGUACAGGAAUGUGGAGAAGUAUGGACUGAGCAGACAGCUGUGCUUGGCAGAAAGCGACCAGUGCGAUGCAGUUCUCUGUGCUCUUGUUGUUGAUCUGGACUUUGAUGGACAACAUGAGUUGUUGCUGGGAACAUAUGGACAGGACCUACUGUGCUACAAAUUUCAAGAACCAGUGGGAGCUUUUGAAGAUAAGUUACAGUUACUGUGGAGACGGAGUUUUAAAAGUCCCCUGCUGUCACUGAUUUAUCUUGACCUGGAUGGUGACGGACUGAGAGAGCUAGCCGUUCUUACCUUAAAAGGCCUGCAUAUCUUACAGCACAGUCUGAGAACAACAGCGGAUCUUGUUCUUCACAGAUUGUCCACUUUGGUAUCAAGACUGACUAUUUCUUCAAAAGACCAACCAAUCGAAAACCAAGAUAGCGAAGAGGAGUCCAUUUCCAUCAGCAAUGAACAGAGAACUGCAGCCACCUGACACUGACUUUUAUGUGACAUUUAUUUAUUUUUAUUUCAAAGGUGGCAAAGGAAGGUGAAGUGUAUGAAGAGUUAAAUAUCUAAUUUUCUUUGUGUAUGAAUGCAUGCUAGAAUCCAUCUAACAGGUGUUUCUGCAAGCAUAACUUAUCCAGUGUUUUGUUGGUAGAAUGGUGUUUCCUGUAGAGUGAUGUCACCCUUCAUAAUGGUUUAUAAUGACAGACCUACUCUUCCUUGAAUUUUGCACCAGUGCAAUGACUAUAGUUGAUGCUGCUGAUGAUUCCUUGCUGGUGCCAUGUUUGCUGCCAAACUUAUUCAGUCUUCAAUCAGUCCUAAUGAUCAUAAGUAGUUUUUGUUCAGUGUGACCUCAUUUCUGUGCCUAUUGGCUUUGGGAAACAUGUUGUUCACUUAAAUACAUUUCUAACAAAAAAAGAUAUCAUUUUGCCAGAACUUUGAAGGACACUAUGUACAAAUUUGACAAAUGCAGUUUUCUUUCCCAUGUUGAUUAACUUCCUAUUAAAACAGGAAUUCAGUAUGGGACUGAAUGGCUUGUCUUUUUUUAUUUACACAAACUGGUAAAACUUUUAGUUCUUACUUGCUAUAGCUAGUAAGCAUAGCAGGUGACAUUAAGGGUAGGGGAUAUUCACAUCUUAUUUUUUAAGAAUAAUGUUGGUCCAUUUUUAAUCUACUGAAAGAUAAACACUUGAUUUGGUUUCAUGAGAUUUCAGGAAUCUUCAAAGCUCUUCAGGCAAGUGGUGUUGAGGUUUUGCUGUAUCCCCAGUAGAGGGCGCCUUCAGUUAACAUUGCGUCACAUUUAAAAGCUCCUGAGGUCAGGCUUGACAUGUGACCUGGGUGUUUGUGCAGUCUGAGACUGCUGUCAUGUUUGGCUCUCUACGGGUUUGCAGCUAGGUACUAUUGGACCCCCAUCCGUUUCAGGCUCGUAGAUUUGGACGAAGAUGUCGUGUUAAUGGUCUGUGGGUGAGAGGAUUUUAGUCUUUUUUUGGAUCUUCAGCUACAGAUUUAUGAUGUAUUGGGAAUCCAGCUGUUUGGGAAUCCAACUGUUAAGCUCUGCAGUUAAUACUAGUGGCCUCUCAAAAGAGUAGCUGAAAGAAAAAACUCUGAUGAUUUAUCAAUUUUAGCACAACAGACAGUUCCCAUUACUUUAUUCAUUUUUACCUUAACUAUAUUUUGUAAUAUACAGUGGUUCAAAAUGUCACAAGGCUGACCAGUGAAGACCAUGUAUCGUGCAAGAAUACCCAAAAGCACAUUUUGUCUUGUUUUCUUCUGUUGUUUUUAUGCAUCAUAUAUGGUUUGGGAGUAUAUCAUUCCUAGGCUUUUUGACAUAUGUUGUAAUUAAUUUGUGUUAUUUAUAUUUCUGUGUUUUUGUUAUUUAGCUUGUGUUUUUAAUUUUAUGUUUUAUUUUCUACAUCAUUUAGGUGGAGGCUAUAAAUAAGCCCUUUGGGUUUCUGCCUCUUCCUGCACAGUAUAUGGAUUGUUCUUUUUGUUUUUUGUUGUGCUUCUAUUGUACCUAUUUUAGCUUUGUUCAAAAUAAACUAAACUAAACUAUA